ACCAUGGUAGUCCUGGCAGAGCAGCGCCUUAACUUCUCAGCGCACCUGGGUGACGCCCUGGAACUACAAAUCCCAGAGUUCCCCCGUUCAGAGGACCGGAAGUGUCCUGUUGGACUGUGGCAACGGAGAGGGGCGGUGGCCCUGCGGCGGGAGAUUCAAACCUGGACGAAGGAGGAACAUGGAAGGCAGACGAGCGGGCCCCGGCCCGGCAGCCUAUGAGCGCCUCACUGCUGAGGAGAUGGAUGAGCAGAGGCGGCAGAAUGUGGCCUAUCAGUACCUGUGCCGGCUGGAGGAGGCCAAGCGCUGGAUGGAGGCCUGCCUGAAGGAGGAGCUUCCUUCCCCCGUGGAGCUGGAGGAGAGCCUCCGCAAUGGGGUGCUGCUGGCCAAGCUGGGCCACUGCUUCGCCCCCUCUGUGGUACCCCUGAAGAAGAUCUAUGAUGUGGAGCAGCUGCGGUACCAGGCAACUGGUUUGCAUUUCCGUCACACAGACAACAUCAACUUUUGGCUGUCUGCAAUAGCCCACAUUGGUCUGCCUUCGACCUUCUUCCCUGAGACCACGGACAUCUAUGACAAGAAGAACAUGCCCCGGGUGAUCUACUGUAUCCAUGCCCUCAGUCUCUUCCUCUUCCGGCUGGGAUUGGCCCCUCAGAUCCAGGAUCUGUACGGGAAAGUGAAAUUCACAGCUGAGGAACUCAGCAAUAUGGCCUCUGAACUGGCCAAAUAUGGCCUCCAGCUGCCAGCUUUCAGCAAGAUCGGGGGCAUCCUGGCCAAUGAGCUCUCGGUGGAUGAGGCUGCAGUCCAUGCUGCAGUUCUCGCCAUCAAUGAGGCGGUGGAGCGAGGUGUGGUUGAGGACACCCUGGCAGCCUUGCAGAAUCCCAGCGCUCUUCUGGGGAAUCUUCGAGAGCCUCUCGCAGCCAUUUACCAGGAGCUGUUGGCCCAGGCCAAGGCAGAAAAGGCUACCAAUGCCAGGAACCACUUUCUGCAGGAUGACAGAGAAAGCCAGGACAUCUACGACUUCUACCUCACACAGGCGGAAAUCCAGGGCAACAUCAACCAUGUCAAUGUGCAUGGGGCUCUGGAAGUCAUCGAUGAUGCCCUGGAAAGACAGAACCCCGAGGCCCUGCUCCAGGCCCUUCAAGACCCUGCACUGGCCCUGAGAGGGCUGAGGAGGGACUUUGCUGACUGGUAUCUGGAACAGCUGAGUGCAGACCGAGAGCAGAAAGCCCAGGAGCUGGGGCUGGUGGAGCUUCUGGAAAAAGAGGAGGUCCAGGCUGGCGUGGCUGCAGCCAACAAGAAGGGAGAUCAAGAACAAGCCAUGCUCCAGGCGGUGCGGCGGAUCAACAAAGCCAUCCAGAGGGGAGUGGCAGUUGACACAGUGCGAGAGCUGCUAUGCCCUGAAGCCCAGCUGCCCCCCGUGUAUCCCUCUGCCGCGGCUGUGUACCAGCAGGAGUUGGCAUUACUCCAGCGGCAGCAGCAGGGGGAGCUUGGCCAGGAGGAGCUCUUUGUGGCUGUGGAGAUGCUGUCAGCCGUGGUUCUGAUCAACCAGGCCCUGGAGGCUAAGGAUGUCAGUGGCUUCUGGAACAGUCUGGAGAACCCUGCCACUGGCCUGGCUGAGAUAGAAGGAGAAAAUGCUCAACGGUACUUUGAUGCCCUGGUGAAGCUGCGACAGGAACGUGGAGAGGCUGGGGCUUUCCUGAGCUGGAAUGACUUGCAGGCCAUCGUGAGCCAGGUCAAUGCCCAAGUUCAAGAAGAGAAUGAUCAGGUCCUUGCCGUUAGCCUCAUCAAUGAGGCUCUGGACCAGGACAGUCCUGAGAAGACCCUGUCAGCCCUGCUGCUUCCCACAGCUGGUCUGGAUGAUGUGAGCCUCCCUGUGGCCCCUCGCUACCAUCUACUCCUUGUGACAGCCAAAAGGCACAAGGCCCAGUUGACAGGGGAUCCUGGAGCUGUGCUGUGGCUGGAGGAGAUUCGCCAGGGAGUGGUCAGAGCUAAUCAGGACACAAGCACAGCACAGAGAAUGGCCCUUGGUGUAGCUGCCAUCAAUCAGGCCAUUAAGGAAGGCAAGGCGGCCCAGACGGAGCGGGUGCUGAGGAAUCCCUCUGUGGCCCUCCGCGGGCUAGUUCCUGACUGUGCCCAUGGCUACCAGCGAGCCCUAGAAAGUGCCAUGGCAAAGAAGCGGCGUCCAGGGGACACAGCUCUCUGGGUUCAGCAUGACAUGAAAGAUGGCACCACCUACUACUUCCAUCUGCAGACCUUCCAGGGGACCUGGGUGCGCCCUCACGACUGCCGCCUCAACACCGCCCACCUGAAUCGGGAAGAGAUCCAGUCAGCCAUCACCAAGGUCACUGCUGCCUACGACCGCCAGCAGCUCUGGAAGGCCAAUGUGGGCUUUGUAAUCCGGCUCCAGGCCCGCCUCCGUGGCUUUCUGGUUCGGCAGAAGUUUGCUGAGCACUCUCACUUUCUGAAGACCUGGCUCCCAGCUGUCAUCAAGAUCCAGGCCCACUGGCGGGGUUACAGACAGCGCAAGAGCUACCAGCAGAGGCUGCAGUACCUAGAAGCAAACGUGGCUGCCGUCAUCAAGAUCCAGGCCUGGGCCCGGAUGUGGGCAGCACGGAGGCAGUACCUGAAGCGGCUGCGCUACUUCCAGAACAAUGUGGAUUCCAUUGUGAAGAUUCAGGCAUUCUUCCGUGCCCGGAAAGCCCGGGAUGACUACAGGAUGCUGGUGCACGCUCUCCACCCUCCUCUCAGUGUGGUCCGCAGAUUUGCCCAUCUCUUGAAUCAGAGCCAGCAGGACUUCUUGGCUGAGGCUGAGCUGCUAAAGCUGCAGGAGGAGGUAGUCAGGAAGAUCCGGUCCAAUCAGCAACUGGAGCAGGAUCUCAACCUCUUGGACCUCAAGAUCGGCCUGCUGGUGAAGAAUCGGAUCACCCUGCAGGAAGUGGUCUCCCACUGCAAGAAGCUGACCAAAAAGAAUAAGGAACAGCUGUCAGAUAUGAUGGUUCUAGACAAGCAGAAGGGCUUGAAGUCGCUGAGCAAAGAGAAACGGCAGAAACUAGAAGCUUACCAACACCUCUUCUACUUGCUCCAGACCCAACCCAUCUACCUGGCCAAGCUGAUCUUUCAGAUGCCACAGAAUAAAACCACCAAGUUCAUAGAAGCAGUGAUCUUCAGCCUGUACAACUAUGCCUCCAACCGCCGAGAGGCCUAUCUGCUGCUCCAGCUCUUCAAGACAGCACUCCAGGAGGAAAUCAGGUCAAAGGUGGAACAGCCCCAGGAUGUGGUGACCGGCAACCCGACAGUCGUGAGGCUGGUGGUGAGGUUCUACCGCAAUGAGCGGGGACAGAGCGCCCUGCGGGAGAUCCUGGGCAAGGUCAUCCAGGAGGUGCUGGAGGACAAGGCACUCAGCGUCCACACAGACCCCGUUCACCUCUACAAGACCUGGGUCAACCAGACUGAGGCCCAGACAGGACAGCGCAGCCGUCUCCCUUAUGACGUCACUCCUGAGCAGGCCUUGAGCCACCCUGAGAUUCAGAGACGACUGGACAUCUCCCUGCGCGAUCUCCUGGCCGUGACUGAUAAGUUCCUGGUCGCCAUCAUUUCGUCAGUGGACCAAAUUCCGUACGGGAUGCGGUAUGUGGCCAAAGUCCUAAAGACAGCUCUGGCGGAGAAGUUCCCUGAUGCCAGGGAGAGCGAAAUCUAUAAGGUGGUGGGGAACCUCCUGUACUAUCGCUUCCUGAACCCCGCUGUGGUGGCCCCUGAUGCCUUCGACAUCGUGGCCAUGGCUGCGGGUGGUGCCCUGGCUGCCCCCCAGCGCCACGCCCUGGGGGCAGUGGCUCAGCUCCUGCAGCACGCAGCAGCUGGCAAGGCCUUCUCGGGGGAGAACCAGCACCUGCGCAUCCUGAACGACUAUCUGGAGGAGACGCACCACAAGUUCAGGAAGUUUGUGUGCAGAGCCUGCCAGGUGCCUGAGCCAGAGGAGCGCUUUGCAAUGGACGAAUACUCAGACAUGGUGGCUGUAGCCAAACCUGUGGUGUACAUCACCGUGGGAGAGCUUGUCAACACGCACAGGCUGCUGUUGGAACACCAGGACUGGAUUGCUCCCGACCACCGGGACCCCCUGCAUGAGCUCCUGGAGGACCUGGGGGAGCUGCCUACUGUCUCUGAUCUCAUUGGGGAAAACAUCGCUGCAGAUGGACACACAGACCUGAGCGAUCUCGAAGUGUCCCUGACACUCACCAACAAAUUUGAAGGGCGUGAGGCAGACAUUGACGAUACCAAUGCCAAGUGUUUGCUUCUAAGCACCAAGCAGAUGCUAGCUGACAUUGUACAGUUCUACCCCGGGGACUCCCUUGAAGAGAUCCUGUCCCUCACAGCUUCCCAAGAGCAGGAAGUGGCUCACAAGCGGCUGAUGUGCCGGCGCCAGACCUGUGAGGCCCAGACCCCUGAGCCACUGCGACGACACCGCUCGCUGACAGCGCACUCCCUCCUGCCACUGGCAGAGAAGCAGCGGCGGGUCCUGCGGAACCUGCGCCGCCUUGAGGGCCUGGGGUUGGUUAGUGCCCGAAAUGGCUACCAGGAGCUGGUGGAUGAGCUGGCUAAGGACAUCCGCAACCAGCGCCGACACCGGCAGCGGCGCAAGGCGGAGUUGCUAAAGCUUCAGGCCACGGUCCAGGGGCUAAACGCCAAGACCACCUUCUUUGAGGAACAGGGCGACUACUACAGCCAGUACAUCCGGGCCUGCCUGGGCCACCUGGCCCCCAGCUCCAAGAGCUCUGGGAAGGGGAAGAAGCAGGCAUCUCUUCGUUACACUGCAGCCCAGCUUCUAGAGAAGGGGGUCCUGGUGGAGAUUGAAGAUCUUCCUGCCUCUCACUUCAGAAAUGUCAUCUUUGACAUCACCCCUGGAGAUGAGGCUGGCAAGUUCGAAGUUAACGCCAAGUUCCUGGGUGUGGACAUGGAGCGAUUUCAGCUGCACUAUCAGGACCUCUUGCAGCUCCAGUAUGAGGGUGUGGCGAUCAUGAAACUCUUUAACAAGGCCAAGGUCAAUGUCAACCUUCUCAUCUUCCUCCUCAACAAGAAGUUCUUGCGGAAAUGACUGAGGCAGGCCAUGAGCAAGCUCCCGCCCUGUGGCCUGUCUGGCUGAUGUCUUUAACACUAAUUCACUGCUGGGCUUCCUGCAGAUGCCCUGGCUUGGCUCAAGACACAGCACUGACUGAGGGCGGCUGGCACACUCCUCCCUUCCGCACCUGGAAGGGGUGUGUGUGCUGGCCACAGCACUCUGGUUGGCUUAAGAGGGAGGAACACCCAGGAACCCCAAGGCUUCCCAGCCAGCUGUGAGGGGUAUGAAUCCAGGGUGUGCCCCUUGGCUCUGGUGUCUGCUACUGCCAUCCUGCAAUCACCCCAGUACUCUAAGCACUGCCCCGAUGGCCUCAUUCUUCCUCUCCACUUCCUUUUCUUAGCACACCCCCAAAGCUAGGGCCAGGCUCCCCCUCCUCACCACCCACCACAUCUGUCGAGCCACAGCUGUGACACAGUGUGUCCCCCAGCCCCUCACCCUCACCCUGGCCCUGGGGCAGGCCGUGGGGUUGGUUCAUGCCCACAUGGCCCUGUGGCACUGUUGUCCUCCGUGGCGUUAUGGGUAAGAUGACCUUCCAUUAACCUCAAACCGCAUUCCCCUAUUGAUGGUCUGUUUUAUAUGUGGGUCACUGGGGUAUUUAUUUUCUCUCCCACCCCUGCACUCCCAACUGCUUAGCCGCCUUAAUCGUGGUUUUAAUUCCCUCAUCUUUUUGUGCUCAAAGGGUUCUCAGCUCCCCUAUCCAAAGUAGUGUUUGUGCCCCUCAUUUCAAAUAAAAAAUAAAUAAAAUCACCUUGGGUGAGAGCCACAGGUUACAAUCUUGUUUUAGCUUCUCCCAGGGCAAAGCGAGUGUCUCCCUCUUCUCCUCUACCCUGGGGAGUCUCGCGUCUCAGAGAUGACUCUUCCAGGCAAUUUCCUCUUCUCCAAUCCUACCCUCUGCCACUGUCUUCUGUUCUCACUCCUCUUCUUCUCUCCCAACAUCUACCCAACUUCCUGUCCCUGCUGCUGUAGUUUUUCCGACCCCAUCUUAAUAAAAGCAACUGUUGCUCC